CGAGUGGAAAAAAAAAAACAAGUGAAAAGCCAAUGCGGCAUGUCAACUACUUACCUGUGAAGCAAGCUAAUUCGAUAAAAAUCACAAACAGAAGACAACUUACGCGUUAAUAUACAGACAAUUAAAUCUUAUACGAAUGGCCGCCGCAGCGGAUGCUGCAAAAUCCAACGCGUUGCUCGCUAUGAACAAAGUGAACAACACAAAAUGCCGCGCGUGCCUCUCCGUAAGUCGUCAGACCGUCAAACUGGAUGCCAAAAUACCGGAUCUAAAGAACGCGCGUACCUACGGACAAGGCUUACGCCAGUGCACCAAUAUGCCCCUAACGGCACGCUCCCCCGGCGGUUACAGGUGGCCCAUGCAAAUUUGUGUACGCUGUUGUCGCGCCCUCGAGGUAGCCAUGCAUUUUGUGGAGCUGGCGCUCGAAUCCAAUCGUAAGCUAUUCGCCGAGUCGCAAAGCCCCAAGUUAAUGACGCCGGCACAAUCGACAACGUCAGCGGGCGAACUGAAACGCAAGGCCAGCAGCGAGCUGUUGCAUUGGAAUCAAUUUAGUCAACAGUUUGAGCAAUUUGUGGAGAGCUACGAUGGUGUGCCGGGGCCCAUCGAGGAGAACGUGCUGUAUAUGCGCGGCGCAAAAGUGCCACGGCUAGAUACAGACAUUGCGCUCAACAAUGAGCCGCCCAAGGAGGACGAUGUUAUCUUGUUUGAUGUGAAGUAUGAUAGCAAUGAUCAGGAUGAGGAGGAUGAGAAUGAUGGCUCUGAUGCGAAGAACAGUGAAACUUUCUAUGACAAUAGUAUUAAUAUGAAUGACAGCAAUAUCGCCGACAAAAGCAGCGAGAACAAUAACAAUUAUAAUUUUAAUAACAAAAAUGGUGAUAUUUCCGGUUUGCCGAAUGUUGAGUCCGAUCUCAUACAACGGGCGCUCUUCAUGACCCUCAACGAUGAUGGCAACGGCAGCCAAACGGCCGAAGAAUUGCAAUCCAUUGAGUCCAUCAAAGCCACAUUAUUAAAGUCUACCGAAGGGCUGACUGGCUCGAGUGCCAGCACGCCUAAGACAACACCCAGCAAGGACGUCAAUGUCAAUAUACCGAUACUUAGCUGCAGUAUCUGCAAGCACACGCACACGGAGGCCAAACAAAUGCGCAGUCAUUAUAUGCGCGUGCACAAUUGUGAUGUGCCCGAGGAUGAUAUAAUUGGCCUGACCAAAAAUCAAAGCUUCAAAUGUCGUCCCUGUAAUGGCUAUGUGACAAAUAGCCGUACAGAUAUGCAGCAGCAUCUUAUAGAGCAUCAUAAAAUUGAUGGCGAUUUUGAAAUGUAUUGCUAUGUGCAGCAGAAUUGUCCCGCCUGCGGACGCAUUUUCAAGGAUCAGCGCUCGGCGCGCACCCACUACACACGCAUGCACACGCCACAACAGCCGCAACAACUGCAGCCGGGCGGAAGCGGCAGCGUCUGCGGCGGCGCUGAAAUUACCGAACAGCAGUUUGUGUGCACCGCCUGUGACAAGGUGUUCAACAUGAAGGGCAGUCUGCAGGCUCAUCAGCGCUUCUGCCAGGUGAAGCAGCCGGUGCACUGCAACUUUUGUGAGCUGCAGUUUAGUAGCAUGCGCAAAUACGAGCUGCAUUUGCAGCAACAGCAUGCGGUUGAUACGCUCCACGAGUGCGAAAUAUGCAUGAAAAGCUUUAAGAAUAGCGAAUCGUUGUCGGUGCAUCGCAAGCGGCACUCGGAGCGGCAUUAUCAAUGCGCUAAAUGCUCGCUUAACUACAUCAAUGCGGCAGAGCUGCGUGUACACUAUGAACGCGCCCAUGUCCAUGAGGAGGAGGUGGUCAGUUGUCGCAUCUGCGGCAGUAAAUUUCAAAACUAUGCCUUGCUGCGCGAACACGAGCAGCGUAAUCAUCAAAAGUCAAAGAUCUGGCGUUGCGACAAUUGCAAUUUUGAAACCAAUUCGCGAGCACGUCUGCGCCAGCAUCAAUACGAGCACACGGACUAUCCAUACAAGUGCAAGCACUGCCCAGAGGAGUUUGCCGAUCGCGGCAAGAUGCGCCAACAUUCCAAGAAGAUGCACGCGGUGGAGUUGACCGAUGAGCAGCUGGCCGAAAUGUUUAGGGAACGCAUUGGUUAUACCAAUCGCCAUGAUGCAUUCAGCAAGACUAACAAUUCGCUGGAGAUACCGGGCUUCAGUGAUGAAUGCUUUACAGAGCUGAAAAGCCUGGGCAUGGACUAUGAUGAUAUUACAACCGAUCUCUUUUCGAAUUCCAUUAGCAGCACACUGGACAAUCUUCUUGAAUUGGUACCAUAAGCAUGAAUAGCCACUCCAAUGCAUACAUUUACCUGCAUAGAAUUUAAGUAUCAUGAUGAAUAGCUAACGAGAGCUUGAAGACUGUUCGCACUUAUCAAUCAAUUAAUCCAUGUAUCGAAUCAAUCAACAGCCGAUAUCACACAGAGUUUUUCACAGUUUGAAUUGAUUUUAAAUUGUUUUUCGUUUCUCGACACACACACACCAAACAAAACCACCAAGUCUAUAUGCCCAUGUAUGUAGAGUAUAUAUACAAUAGUUCGAUUGUAUACUUAAUACAAUGCUGGAUACAUUUUU